AUGAACUCGGCAACUCUCACUGGUUCCCAUAGUGGGUCCAUAUUAUCAGAACCUCCUACUCUAUCUGGUCUAAACACUAUCUCGCCUGUCUAUGUUAAUCCAGCACAGAUGACACAGAAUGCGCAAGCAGGUCCUUCCUCUUUACACCCACAAGGAAAACGAAAAGUAUCUGCCAACGGGAAGCGAAAGCGCAUUGGCACACCCGACGAAAGCGGUGACUCCUCAUCGCAGCAGCGCAAGAGCAGAGAUGGCCCAAAGAAAAAGAAAGCUAAUCGCGCCUGCGCCCACUGUCAGAAAGCCCAUUUAACGUGCGAUGACUCUCGACCUUGUCAACGGUGUAUCAAACGUGGUAUAGCUAGCAAUUGCACCGAAGGUCACCGUAAAAAGGCCAAGUAUCUCCUGGAUGACGACGAACUAGAGCAAAUGAAGAGGCAUACUUCCUCCGCACCUGAAAACAAUACUGAGUCGGCCUCGGCGCCUCCACCGGCGUCUGAACCUUUUCAACCUACUGAUCCUCUAUUCAAUGUCACCUUCGAUCCCAACUUCACCUUCGGAUCCGAAGCUGCAAACCUGGAAUACUCCAUCCUAUCAGCCAUUCUCGGCAAUCCUAGUCCUCCAGACUCUGCGACAGCACCUUCUCCACCCCAACCGCAAUAUCCCCCAACCAUGACUAAUCCGGCGUGGGCCAGUGAUUCAAUGCAGCCUCCAUAUAGCCAAUCGCAAAUAAAUGGGACUAACGGGUACGGUUCCUCAUAUAGCGACCAGCCUCAGCUGUCAAUUCCGCCCUCAGAGACAACUCUUUCCUCAGCAAGGAUGUCCCCCAAUUUCCUGUCUUCUUUCUCCCCGCCUACUCAGUUUCAACAUCAUCCACAACGUCAGUCGUCGCAGGACCGACUGCAGUAUCCACAGCCAUAUCCCCACCAUCAGCCGCAGCCACCCCCGCUACAUGCUGUGGCGCCACGCUAUCCCCGCGAGAAUUCCAUUCCCGUUCCUGCAACCUCGGCCUUCAUUCGUGCCGCAUCAAAAGAGGCUGGUCCUCACUCUUUGCUCUCACCAUCGCCGUCACACCCAUCUCCCUCGUCGUCGAGUUCGAUACAUCCUGGUAAUGGAGACCAUCUCAGUAUCAAUGAUCGUGUGACCCUGCCAUAUGACUAUACGGAGGGCUAUCAUUUUCUCAUGAAACACCUGCCUACUCGUUUUGAGAAAAACGACAUCUUGCGUAUUGUACGUGCACUGGCAAUAUUCCGACCUUCACUCAUUGCCUUGCAAAUGCCAAUGACGGACGAAGAUGAGGUGUUUGUCGAGAAAUGCUUCCAGAGGUCACUGAUGGAACUAGAGAAGUUGAUAUCUUACAGUGGCACUCCAACUGUGGUCUGGAGGCGGACCGGAGAGAUCUGCCUUGUUGCGCCUGAGUUUUGCAUGCUUACGGAAUGGCCGUUGGAGGAUCUAGUAGGUCGACGAAAAUAUAUAUACGAGCUUUUCGAAAACCAAUCUGUCGUUGAGUAUUGGGAGAGCUUUGCGUCCCAUGCUUUUGAAAAUACGACAAAAUCUGUAUAUUCUCAUUGCGUUUUACUGAAACCAUCAGGUGCUCCUAUUCCUGCGACGUUCUGCUUCUCUAUUCGCAGAGAUAUUUUCGAUCUUCCUAGUAUUGUUAUAGGCCAGUGGCUUCCUUUGUUAUGA